AUGUCUAAUAGUCACAGUGUGGGUGGUAGUAGCAGUAGUAGUAGUAGCAGCAGUAACACUUACAAAUGUCCGCAUUGUGAGCACAUCUACAGUAGCACUUUGUUGACUGGCUCCUCAUCAUCUGAGCAAAUCGACAAAUGCGAGCACCUCCUAUGCCACACUUUGAUUGUCUCAAAGUUGAACACACCCUAUCAAGCUAUACAUGAUUUCACAUCAAAUCUUAUGGGUGUAAAAGUACCGGUUGUAAUAGUAAAUCGAUUCAUUAGAUUCCUUAGAGAUAAGAACGCAUCGAAUCCACAGGGAUACUAUACAAUUCAACAAUCUCGAGCGAGAAUCAGUAAUACUUUUCAGGGUGUCACUGCCUUCACGUUGAAUGCAAUCAACAACGAAACACAAUGCAGUGUGCAGUACUCAUAUUAUCUUACUGCCAACCCACUCAGUGAUAUAGCUUAUUUCGAGUCGUUUAUUCUGAAAAACUAUAUUGAUAUAUUCGCUCUUAUGACUUCACCAGUAUCAAUUGAUAUUAGUAGUAUGAAUGAAGAUAAUAAACAGCAACAACAACCAACCACCUGUAUAAAUCAAACAUCAACAUCAGCAUCAUCAACAACAACAACAACAAAUAGUUUAGAAGAUAAUAAUUCAAUAUACAAUAAGGAAAUAGUUUAUGUCAAUAUAAGUGAUCAGCAAAUGCAAGGAUUACUGAAACAGAAUAUCGAGGAUGACGAGGACAUUGAUGGUAGAUGGAUAAUAGUCACUGGAAUUCCCAACCAAAUACCAACCUUUAUUUGGAUUUCACCAAUGAUGCAGAAUGCAGACAAAAUUAUGCUUCCAAUUCGACUGUUAUCACAACAUACUUUCUCAUCACUCUCGUCUUUAUCAAUAAAGAUAUCACCACUAAUAAAAUUACCAUCAGUCGCAAUACAAAUAUAA